AUGGAAGGACGGAGUCUGGUCCUUCUAACAACAUGGAAGCAAGCAUGCGGCCACCCCUCACCCCCACAUGGGUGUCCCCUCGCAAGGUUCCUCGUAGUGGUCCUGGCCUCUCUGUGUGCGCUGACCUGCCCUGGUCAUGGGGCUUUGUUUCGGGUUGGGGUGGUGGGCCCCUGGGAAUGUGACCCAGUCUUCGCCAAGGCCCUGCCCAGUGUGGCAGCACAGCUGGCUGUGAACCGCAUCAACAAGGACCCCGUGCUAUCCCACGCUGACACAUUUGCCUACACCGUGCUGCACGAACCGUGUGAUACCUCGAGAGCUCUGGAGACAUUUGUGGCUUUCCACACCAAAGCCUCGGCUUAUGUCGGACCCGCCAACCCGGGCUACUGUGAUGCUGCCUCAAUGCUGAGCAAAGGCUGGAACAAAGCUCUGUUUGCAUGGGGUUGCGUUGGCUAUGAGUUAGACGAUGCUCGGAGCCACCCAACCUUCGCACACUCGAUGCCAAGGCCCACCUGGGUGCUGGUGAGAAUCAUGAGGUACUUCCAGUGGGCUCACGUGGGGAUCAUCUCUUCCUCGGAUGACAUUUGGGUGGACACAGCGACCAAGGUGGCCGACUCCCUGCGUACUCACGGUCUUCCUGUCAGAAUGGUCAGCGUCAUGGAGAACACACCUCACAGCAUCAGGAGGACUCUGAGCAAAAUUCGCAAAAUGAGAGAAAUACGAGUGGUGGUCCUCUGCAUGCACUCAGCGCUAAUCGGCGGCCAGCUUCAGAAGCUCCUCUUGGAGACGGCCUACGACAUGCAGAUGAUCGACGGCUCCCUGCUUUUCCUGCCAUAUGACACCCUCCUCUACAGCCUCCCGUACAGCAACGUCAGCUUCCAGGCGCUGAGGAGCAACCGCAAGCUGCUGCGGGCCUACGACGCCGUGCUCACCGUCACAAUCGAUUCUCCGCAGAGGUCGUUUUUUGAGGCCUACAAGGAGGCCAUGGAGAGGGGUGAGGUGGCGAAGACCCUGGAGCCCCAGCAGGUAUCGCCUCUCUUCGGCACCAUCUACAGCUCUGUGUUCCUUGUGGCUCAUGCCGUGCAGCAAGUUCGACAUUCCAAGGAGUGGAUGUCUGGCGGAAAUGUGGCACAACGAGUGCGCGGCCACAACUUUGAGGGCUUCAGCCAUCCCAUGAAGUCUGACAGUUCUGGAAGCAUUCUGUUGGAUUAUGUCCUUCUGGAUACAGACGGACUCUCCUGGGAGCUGAAGCCAACACACAGGCUCGACAUGAAGGCCGAUAUGGUGCACUUCUUAGGUCAAGACAUUCACUUUCCUCGUGGCUAUGGACCUAGAAAGGACGCCGCCUGCUGGUUCACGCCUGGUGUCAUCUGCUCAGGAGGCAUGGAUCUCUUCUCCACCAUUAGCAUUAUGCUUGCAGCCAUCGCUGCCGCCGUGCUGACUGUGCUGCUCAUUUAUGUUGUUCGGCGACGCAUCAACCAGAUCCGACUGGUCAGGGGUCCAAACAAGAUCCUGCUGACUCUUGCGGAUGUCACGUUCAUCAACCCGUCGCUCAGCAACAAGAAGCUGAGCUUGGACGACAGCCGGGCCAGCGGCAUGAAGAGUGGGUCGGAGCGAAGCCUCACUUCACCCACCUCGACCCAAUCCCCGGCCACCUAUGAGAACUCCAACGUGGUCAUUUUUGAGGGGGACUGGGCGUGGCUGAAGAGACUUCCAGAUGGCUCGUUUAGCAGCAUCACCCCCAAAACGAGCGACAUGUUUGAGCUGAUGAAGGACAUGCGACACGAGAACGUCAACCCUUUCCUGGGCUUCUUCCUCGACUGUGGCGUCUUCGCCAUUGUGACCGAGUUCUGCUCCAGAGGAAGCCUGGAGGACCUGCUCCUGAGUGAUGAUGUCAAGCUAGACUGGAUGUUCAAGUCCUCAUUGCUGCUGGAUUUGAUUAAGGGUAUGAAGUACCUGCACCACCGUGGUGUGUCCCACUCUCGCCUGAAGUCCCGCAACUGUGUAGUGGAUGGGCGUUUUGUGUUGAAGAUCACAGACUACGGCUACAACGAGGUUCUGGAGGCUCAGAGGUUCCCCUAUGAGGAACCCCCUGCAGAUGAGUUGUUGUGGACGGCUCCAGAGAUCCUGAGGGCCACUCAACCGGGCCUGCAUGGGACACUGGCCGGCGACGUGUACAGCUUCGCCAUCAUCACACAGGAGGUUGUGAUCAGAGGGCCUCCCUUCUGCAUGCUAGAUCAGUCAGCCGCAGAUGUGAUUGAGAAGCUACGUAGACCGCCUCCUUUGUGUCGCCCAGUGGUCAGCUCGGACUGCGCUCCAUUGGAGUGCAUCCAGCUGAUGAAGCAGUGCUGGAACGAACAGCCAGAAAAGAGGCCCACUUUUGAGGAGAUCUUUGACCAGUUCAAGGACAUCAACAAGGGCAAGAAGACCAACAUCAUUGACUCCAUGCUGCGGAUGCUGGAGCAGUACUCAUCCAACCUGGAGGAGCUGAUCCGGGAACGGACAGAGGAGCUAGAGAUUGAGAAGCAGAAGACAGAGAAGCUCCUGACGCAGAUGCUGCCUCCGUCUGUGGCGGAGGCGCUGAAGGUGGGCGGCACUGUGGUGCCUGAGUAUUUUGACAGCGUGUCCCUAUAUUUCAGUGACAUUGUCGGCUUCACCACCAUCUCGGCAAACAGUGAGCCCAUUGAGGUGGUGGACCUGCUCAACAGUCUAUACACGCUCUUUGACGCCAUCAUCGGCAACCACGACGUCUACAAGGUGGAGACAAUUGGUGAUGCCUACAUGGUGGCGUCAGGUGUCCCCGUUCCCAAUGGUAACCGACACGUGGCAGAGAUAGCCAACAUGUCACUCGACAUCCUGAGUGCUGUGGGAACCUUCAAAAUGCGGCACAUGCCCGAUGUUCCCGUCAGGAUACGCAUUGGACUGCACACAGGUCCAUGUGUAGCAGGCGUCGUGGGUCUCACCAUGCCUCGCUACUGUUUAUUCGGCGACACUGUAAACACCGCUUCUCGGAUGGAGUCCAGCGGGCUCCCAUACAGGAUCCACGUGCACCAGAGCACCGUCAAAGUCCUGCGUGAGCUCAACCAGGGCUUCAAGCUGGAGCUACGGGGGAGGACAGAAGUCAAGGGGAAAGGAACAGAGGAGACCUACUGGCUUAUCGGGAGGGAGGGAUUCACCAAACCUCUUCCUGUACCUCCAGAACUCAAGUCAGGGCAAAUGGCCCACGGGCUGCAGAUGGCCGAGAUAGCGCAGUACAAGAAACGGCAAGCCGAGAAACAGCGGCAGGAACAACUUGCAAAGAAGAAAAACUGAGCACGGCCCCCAAAGAGCCAAAGGACCUGAAGCAGGUGUUCCACAAGGCAGUGAGGAAGAUCUCCCACGUCCGUGUGGUUACGCAACUGUGCGAGGACGUCAACGUCAUGAUGUCGCAUCAUUGACAAAAUGUGUCUGGGGACCUCAG